CGGACAGCGAGAUUACUUGUUUUACGUUUUCGUUCGUAUAUAUUUCAUGCUCAUUUGUGCAGUUGCUGCGAAUCGAUCUUCUGCGGUUCUCCACGCCGUUUGACGAAUUCCCGUAUAUAUAUUUACCUAGAAUAUAUACAUACAUACAUAUAUUAUAAAUGUGUAUAGUAGAUGUGUUUGCGCGUGUGGGAACGAAUACGAAUUUCAAUACGUUGAUAGUGAUAGUGUGACUUCUUUAUGUAAACAAUUUAUUCGCAUUGAAAAUUCCACGAACAACAACAAAACCCCACGUUGCUGCUGAGCUGAAAAACCCAUGAGUCACCUGAAGUGUACCCUGCCUCUCUUUCAGCCCGAUAAUUUCCCCGUCCGAGCACCCAAUCAACGUCGGGGAAGUACCUAAAGCCGAACGUUCGACAUCGUUACGAACAGCCAACCAUUCACAGAUUCAGUUUCGUUUUGUUGCUCCAGCGCUACGGGCGCUAAGUUUUUACCCGCGACGCAAUUUCAAAAACAAACAGAUACAUACGCGUGCAUAUACACAUAUGUGAGAAGGGAUCAUUAAGUUGUAAAUAAAAUGAACCACAUCUACGAUUUGGACAAGGGCAAGAACGUUCUGUACGUGAACGACGCCUCCAGCACGAGUGGAUAUAGCAGCGAAAAUUCGGCAACAUCGACAAUGUCACCAGCACAAUCCCCCGAAACAUUGACGAUGCAAAAUGAUUUUGCAAAUCUGAAUCUACCACAGACGAACUCACCUCAACCGCCGCCGCUGCAGAGUUCACCAUACCAGCUGUUAAAUAUCGAUGCCAGCAAUUUUUUGGGCAGCAACGCCACGAAUGCCACGGAUUUUGGAAUUGGAAACAUGUUUGUGGAUCACCAUUACUUCGCCCAGGCCCCCGACACAAUACCGAACUUUGGAUACCAACGAAGCAAUGGCGUGCAGGCCAAUUCGGAGUUGGGACACAUGCCCGCUGCCCUGCGCAUCGUGGAACAACCUGUGGAAAAGUUUCGCUUUCGCUACAAGAGCGAAAUGCACGGAACACAUGGCUCGCUCAACGGUGCCAACUCGAAGCGCACACCAAAAACGUUUCCCGAGGUGACGCUCUGCAAUUACGAUGGACCGGCGGUGAUACGGUGCAGCCUCUUCCAGACGAACCUCGAUAGCCCACAUUCGCACCAGUUGGUGGUGCGCAAGGAGGAGCGCGAUGUGUGCGAUCCGCACGACCUGCACGUGUCCAAGGACCGCGGCUAUGUGGCCCAGUUCAUCAACAUGGGCAUCAUACACACGGCCAAGAAGUUUAUAUACGCUGAGCUCUUGAAAAAGAAGCAGGAUCGCCGGGUGUUCGAGAUGAAGCGUCGCGAGCUGUCCAAAAAGGAGCAGCAGACGCUUCACCAGGAGACAGAGCGCGAGGCCAAGGAUAUGAAUCUGAAUCAGGUGCGUCUCUGCUUUGAGGCCUACAAGAUCGAGGACAAUGGCGAUUGGGUGCCCAUUGCCACGCCCGUCUACAGUAAUGCGAUCAACAAUCGCAAAUCGGCACAAACGGGAGAGCUGCGCAUUGUACGGCUGAGCAAACCGACGGGCUCUGUGCUGGGCAACGAUGAGCUCAUCCUGCUCGUGGAGAAGGUCAGCAAGAAGAACAUCAAGGUGCGCUUCUUCGAGGAGAACGAGGAUGGGGAGACUGUGUGGGAGUCGUAUGCCAAGUUCCGUGAAUCGGAUGUCCAUCAUCAGUAUGCCAUCGUUUGCCAGACGCCCACCUAUAAGGACAAGGAUGUGGACAGAGAGGUGAAUGUCUUCAUUGAGCUGAUACGACCAUCGGACGACGAGCGCUCCGUCCCGCCGCUGCAGUUCCGUUACAAGCCACGCGAUGCCAUCGCCUCGCGUAAACGCAGGCGCACAUGUUCGAUGGCCACCAACAGCAGUUCGGGCGGCAGUGCCCAAAACUCGGGAGAUCUGCCCAGGACACUGGCGUACCAGCAGCAGGAACAGCAAGUGCCCAUGGGGGAAACGUCCGUCGGGUACAACGAUCAGACCAUCAGCCAGGAGUUUGGACGAGAUAGCGUACUCAAUGGCCUGAUCUCAACGGAAAAAUUUCGCGAGCUUUGCGAUACGAGAAGCGAUGAACUUGAGCGGAUGUGUACUCUGAGCGGUCUGGACAGUCUGCUCCACCAUCCUGAUGGCGUCCUUCAGGAAGAUGGCCAUGGACAAGCAGCGGAGCGACCGGCUACCCCAGCAGCAGCAGCACCCAACCGCAAUUUGACGCCACACUUUUUAAAUACAAUCUUCAAGAUCUACGAGGCACAUCGUCGAUCACCAAAUGACACCUCGCGCAAGCAGGUGGAGGAGUUGUUCACGGAACACGCCCUGCGGAACGAUAACAACGACACGCUGCUGCACGAAGUGAUCAUCAGCCAGCGGACAGAGGGACAGCUGACGCAGGCCAUCCGCACCAUUGAGGUGAUGAAAUACUUUAAGCUGCACGAUCUGGCGAACAACGCCCUCAAUGCGGAUGGGGAUAGUGCCCUGCAUGUGGCCUGUCAGCAUGAUCGCGAAUACUACAUUCGCCCACUGCUGAGCCUUGGAUGUAGUCCAAAUCAGCAGAAUCAUGCGGGCAAUACGCCGCUGCAUAUGGCUGUGAAGGAGGAGCGAAUGUCCUGCAUCGAUAGCUUCCUGAAGGGUGGCACUGGCACGCCCACCGUACGGCUGGACCUGACGCUCAAAAAUGACGACGGAUUGACGCCACUCCAUAUGGCCAUUCGGCAGAACAAGUACGAUGUGGCCAAGAAGCUCAUCAAAUAUGACCGCAGCUCGAUUAGUGUCGCGAAUACAAAAGACGGCAACAAUGCCCUACACAUGGCGGUGCUCGAGCAGAGCUAUGCACUGAUUGUGCUCAUUGUAGAUGCCCAGGACACGACCCUCUCGGACAUACUAAUGUCGCGCAAUUCGGCCGGUUAUACGCCGCUGGAGUUGGCGCGUUGCAAGGGCGACGAGCAGGUGUUGCAGCUGCUGGACAGAGUGUAUUCGGAAAAGAAUGAUGCGGCGGCCAUGACCUGGAUACCCAACAAAAUCAAAGAGGAGCUAGACACCUCCUCCGAUGAGAGCAGCGAGGCAGCGCUCGAGAUCAAAACCGAAGUUAUGGGCAUCAAAACGGAGUCGUCGGAGGAGGAUAGCAGCGAAAUGGAACUGGACGGCAAUGAAGUUGUUGGCAACGAGACGGAAGUGGAGACGACCAUCGAUUCCAAAUACAAUCUUCAGCUGCUGCUGAGCAACAAGCAGCGUUUCGAGAAGCUAAAGACACUGCUAAACGAACCGAUGGGCAGCGGACCGUAUGCCAAUCAGCCUAAAUGGAAGCAUUUGGCACGCAUUUCGCACAUGGAGCGUUUAAGUUUCUUUUGGAUGAGCGCCGAGAGCAUGCUCGAUUAUAUACUGAAUAAUGCCAAGUGUGUGGAGUACAGCACCUUUGCCAUGGCCCUCGAAUCAAUCGAUUCAGAGGCAUCGGCUCUGCUUAAUUAAGUUAUAGAAUUUAAUGUGUUACAAAAGCAAAUACAUACAUUCAUAUAUGUACGUAUAUUUGAUCAAUAAAUUACUAGUUAAGUUUUCUAAUCAUAACGACUAAAAGAGCAAAAUAUAUAUUAUAUUUGUAU